AACGCCCAAAAGAUACGUUGAGAUGGCCCUCCAACCUUCCCUACGCCAAUUGAUAGUCGCAGGGAGUCACGAUGCUCCUCAUACCCUGGACAUAUUCCUCGACUAUGUUUGCCCAUUCAGCGCGAAGAUGGCGUUGACGAUCGAUAAUGUCUUGAAGCCAUUCUUCAGCAAGGGCGGGAAGUACGACGGCAAAGUCAAGGCGGUGUUUAGGCUCCAAGUCCAGCCUUGGCAUGCGACUUCGACUCUAACGCACGAAGCAGGACUUGGGGUCCUUCGUGCCUCUCCAGAGAACUUUUGGCCUUUCUCUCUCCUGCUCUUCAAAAACCAAACAGAUUACUUCGAUAUCCCCGCAUCCACUCUGACCCCGAUCCAAAUCCGCGAAAAGCUCGCGUUACUCGCUGCAGAGAUUAUCCCAGCGGAUGCCGUAGAGCAAGUUAAGGACCUUCUGACGUUGAAAGGGUCCCCGAAUGGAGGCGUUGCGGUUACUGACGACCUCAAGUACAACAUCAAAUUCUCGAGACAGAACAGCAUUCAUGUAUCACCAACGGUUCUCUGGGAUGGGUUGGUCGCUCAAGAGAUUUCCAGCAGCUGGGGCGAGAAGGAGUGGACCGCAUUCCUUGAGAGCAAAGUGUUGGUUUGAUAGGUAUGGGCGAGGUGUUCAAAUAACUCAAUCGAUGUUACACGUGUUCAGCCCAUAAAAUUGAAAUUGCAGACAUUCUCACAUGUCCCACGAUGACAUGACGGUG